GGACGUAUGACCUUGCUGCUGACAUUGUUCUCUUGUUAAUAAAAACCUGCUCCACGCAACUCGGACAGUACACAAACGAGGAGAGGCAGAUACGUCAAAAUCACAUGUUCCUCUUUCGCUGACGUAGUCUGAAGAAGGUUCACCGGCAAACGUGUGAAUUCAUACAUGCUUUUAGUUUCCAGAAUCUAUAAGUCUUCAUGGCUGCUCUACUGACAGGAAAGUUGGCGCUGGUAACCGGAGCCGGCUCUGGAAUCGGACGAGCGACGAGUAAGCUGCUGACCAGGGAGGGUGCAAUUGUUGUUGCCGUCGAUCGAAAUGUGCAAGCGGCCGUCGAAACCGUGUCGUUGCUGGCACCAACGAGUGAUAACAUUGCUCUAGAAAUGGAUGUCGCAUCCGGGAGUAGUAUUGACUCUGUAUUACAAAAAGUCCUCGACAAUUUUAAACGACCACCAUCUGUUAUCAUCAAUGCCGCCGGUAUUACGAGGGAUAAUUUUUUACUCAAAAUGCCAGAGACGGAUUUUGAUGCGGUGAUCAACGUGAACCUCAAAGGAACUUGGUUGGUGUUGCAAAAGUUUGGGCGAGCCAUGAUCGAACAUAAUGUAGUCGACGGAUCCAUGGUAAACGUGUCAUCGAUAGUGGCCCGUUCAGGCAACAUUGGCCAGUCUAACUAUUCACCGAGCAAGGCGGGUGUCGAAGCUAUGACGAAGGUUGUUGCUCGAGAAUUCGGACGUUAUAACAUUCGUGUGAAUGCAAUUGUACCUGGUUUUAUCCACACGCCAAUGACUGAAACAGUGCCUCAGAAGGUAAAGGAUAUGAUGAUCAUGCAGUGCGCUUUGCGCCGCUUUGGUGUUCCUGCAGAAAUUGCCGAAGUUGCCGUAUUUUUGGGAUCGAACAGAAGUAGCUACGUCAAUGGUACCUCAAUAGAAGUAACUGGAGGCUAGCCGGCAAUGGAUGUACUUACUUUUUAUUGGCAAAACCAAGGCUAUUAGACAUUGGUGGUGGUUGUUGAUUUUGGCAAUGUCCGUUUAUAGUCCCGCAUGUCAAUAAAAGUUUACAUUAAUUUGCAUUUAUUAACCAAAAUAUAUGGUACUCAUCUCUGAUUGCUGUUUGUCUACUAAUUUCUAUUAUCUCUAAUCUGCUAAUAAUUGCUGAUCUUUUUAACCGAUUGUUAACAAA